AUGGAGCUGGGGGAUGAGGAGGCGCUCAAGAAAUGGGUCAUUGCCAAACUCGAGAGCAACGGAAGCGAUGCUGAUGCCGAUGUCCUUGCCGAUUACGUCCUCGCUCUGGCCAAGACGCAAGAGCAGGAAUCGGCAUCUCGAGACAACUACAUCGAAAAUCUGCGGGACUUCCUGUCCAACAACACCGAACAAUUCGUCGACGAACUCCUAAUAGCCAUAUCCACGCGUUCCUUCGACCCCAAACGAGCCCCUCUACGACCAGCUGCACCGACAUUCCAGCCAACAGUCACCUCGAGGUACGAACAGCAACAGCCAGUCGACAACAGCAGAAAACGCUCGUACUAUGCGCGGGACGAGGAGGAGGGGCCGCACGGCUCGCAUUCGUAUCAAAGAGAUCGCCCAAUCAAACAUGCAAGGCGUGGUGGUAGAGGUCAGGACAACCAGAGAGGCGCACGUCACUUCCCGCAGCAAUUUGGUAUGCCCGCGAUGCCUCAGCUGCCCGCGGGGAUGCCACAAUUUGAUCCCAACAACCCGAUGGCCGCCUUCUUAGCCAUGCAACAAGCCAUGGGUCUGAUGCCGGGCAUGCCAAACGGUACCUCGCCAUCAGGUCGGCGGUGCAAGGACUAUGAUACCAAAGGAUUCUGUGCCGCUGGUGGUUCGUGUCCUUACGAGCAUGGCAACGACCCCUUCGUCAUACCCGAGUACGACCCAAACAACUCAGCCUUGCUUGAUAUUGCGCCUGCUCCUACAAGUCACUUCGACACUUCAAGAGGCGAAGGGGGAAGGCGAGGUCGUGGGCGUGGACGAGGGCGCGACAACAACACUUCUCGAGGUGGCAAGCGCUCGAAUUUCUCUCAGAUUGGGCCCAAUCGCGACACUUCCAUCACGGGUAUCGUCGUCGAGUCAAUUCCCGCCGAGAAUUGCAAUGAAGAGUCUGUACGCGAGUUCUUCUCGGCGUUUGGAAAUAUCGACAACGUCAACGUGCAGCCGGAGAGCAAGCUUGCAAUCAUCAAGUUCGAAGACCACGACUCUGCCCGCGCAGCUUAUCAAAGCCCCAAGGUUGUGUUCGACAAUCGAUUCGUAAAGGUCUAUUGGGCGAAGGCCGAGAAUGGGCAAUCGUCCUCACCAGCCAGGCAAGGACAUUCAAAGUCCAACGGCGAAGAUACAGACAUGGCAGAGGGAGGAGGAGAGCUUGACAUGGAGGAAAUCACGAAGCGGCAAGAAGAUGCGCAGCGCAAGCAUGAGGAAGCAAAACAGCAACGAGAGCAAGCCGAGCAACAACGCGCAGAGCUGGACGCCAAGUUAAAAGCAAUGGAUGCCGAGCGCAAGAAGAUGGCAGAGCUCAUUUGGAAGAAGACCGGCAAGACCGCCAGCAGUACCACCGCCUCUCCAGUCGCCAACGGGUCCCAAAACAACACUACAGAGGAGGAGAGCGAACAGACGCAGGCGUUAAAAGCGCAACUCGCCAAACUCGAAGCCGAAGCGAAAAGUCUCGGCAUCGACCCAGCAGAAGCCGCAACGACAGACGGCGCCCAUAGCCCUCACCCACCCUACCGCGGCCGAGGCACCUACCGCGGCCGCGCCAGAGGCGGACGAACCUCAUACUACCCCAGCACCCGCCGCGGCAAUGUCUGGCACCCACGAGGCGACAUAGGCGGCGCCGUAAAGCGCCUCGACAACCGGCCCAAAACAAUCGCCGUGACCCUCCCCUCGGGCACGAAGUUCGAAGACCACGACGAAGCUCUCCGGCAAUUCCUCUUCUUCAACAAUUUUAACAUGACGACGCUGGAGAAGCACCCGGAGCGCGACGACACGGCGCUCGUGGCGUUUGGGCAGCGCUUCGAAGGCGAGAAUUUCAUGCGCGCUGCGUCGCUUGCGAACUCGGAGCUGCUGCAUGUGGGGAAGGUGGAGUUGACGUGGUAUAAGCCGGAGGGGACCGAUAAGGGUGUUAAUGGCGGAGCAGCGGGGAUAGGAAGUGGGACAGCAUUGGGAGUCGAAGGCGAGAGUGGAGGUGCGCAGCGAGAGCAGCCACAACAGGAAGUACAUUCGGAUCUUCCUGAUGCCCCUUCGCAGAAUUUCGAAAUGGUUGAUGAAGAGGAUUUGGAUCGCUGGACUUGA